CACCAGGAAGCUCCCUGACGCGCCAGACGGAGACUUCCGCUGAUUGGCCAUGGCGGUCAUAGCUCACCACGUAGCGCUCCCGGGGUGGGGCCUCACCCUGAGUGAAGUCUGCCGCCGGCUCUAGGGUAGAAGGUCUUCACCAGAUCGCCUGCGCCCGCGCCACCUGGGAAGGUAGCAGAACGGCGGACCGAGGGAGUGGGGCUGGAGCCCUGAGGGGUAAAGGGACUUGGGUUCUGGACCGCGACUGCAGAGCUGAAGGGGCGGAAGGGGACACCACGAGGCGUCAGGGAGCCCGGGGACAUGGCGCGGGGGGACGGGGAGGUGGGGUCGCCGAUGGCGCCCGGGCACACGCUGCCGAAUGGAUUCCUCCCGGUGCCGCAAGAAGCACCCCCCGGGGAGAACUUGGAGCAGCAGAAUGGGUCCAAAGACGGCUGCCUGCUGCUUAACGGGGUCUCCCAGGACAGCCCCGCAGCCGCUUUGGGAGGGCCGCAGACUCUGCUGGUCCCAGAAGAGGAGACUCAGGCCCGGCUGCUGCCCAUCGACGCUGGCUCGGAGACCCCGGGGGCAGAGGGCGCGGCGCUGCUCCGGACUGCACUCUCCUCGCGACGCUUUGUGGUGCUGCUGAUCUUCAGCCUCUACUCGCUGGUGAACGCCUUUCAGUGGAUCCAGUACAGCAUCAUCAGCAACGUCUUCAAGAACUUCUACCAAGUCUCGCUGCUGCACAUUGACUGGCUGUCCAUGGUGUACAUGCUGGCUUACGUGCCCCUCAUCUUCCCAGCCACCUGGCUGCUGGACAUCAAAGGCCUGCGGUUCACCGCGCUGCUGGGCUCAGGCCUCAACUGCCUAGGCGCCUGGGUCAAGUGUGGCAGCUUGCAGCGGCACCUCUUCUGGGUCACCAUGCUGGGCCAAUGUCUUUGCUCCGUGGCCCAGGUGUUUAUCCUGGGUUUGCCUUCCCGCAUCGCCUCAGUGUGGUUUGGGCCCAAGGAGGUGUCCACAGCCUGUGCUACAGCCGUGUUGGGCAAUCAGCUUGGAACUGCAGUUGGCUUUUUGCUACCACCGGUUUUAGUGCCCAACACAAACGGUACCAGUCUGGCUUCUAAUAUCAGCACCAUGUUUUAUGGAACAUCAGUUGUUGCUACCCUUUUAUUUAUUCUGACAGCCAUUGUAUUCAAGGAGAAACCUCAGUACCCACCAAGCCAGGCUCAAGCAGCUCUUUGGGCUAGUCCGCCUGAAGACUACUCCUACAAGAAGUCUAUAAGAAAUCUAUUUAAAAAUAAAGCUUUUGUUCUUCUAUUGAUAAGCUAUGGUAUCAUGACUGGAGCAUUUUAUUCAAUCUCAACAUUAUUAAAUCAAAUGAUAUUGACAGAUUACCCGGGAGAAGAGGUGAACGCUGGCAGGAUUGGGCUCACUCUGGUGGUGGCCGGCAUGCUGGGCUCUAUCCUCUGUGGCCUGUGGCUGGAUUAUACCAAAGCAUACAAACAGACUACUCUUAUAGUUUACAUUUUGUCUUUCUUGGGAAUGGUUGUAUUUACUUUCACGUUGGACCUUGGAAGGAAGAUGAACAUCGAAAAUAACAUUAUCAUCCUGUUUGUUACUGGAGGGAUACUUGGUUUCUUCAUGACUGGCUACCUGCCCUUGGGCUUUGAAUUUGCUGUUGAAAUCACUUACCCCGAAUCAGAAGGCACGUCUUCUGGUCUCCUGAAUGCCUCUGCACAGGUAUUUGGAAUUUUUUUCACAUUGGUUCAAGGAAAGCUCACAUCAGACUACACCCCAAGGGAAGGGAACAUUUUCCUCUGUGUUUGGAUGUUUGCUGGCAUCAUUUUAACAGCACUCAUCAAGUCUGACCUGCGAAGACACAACAUAAACAGAGGAGUUACAAAUGCUGAUAUUAAAGCUGUGCCAAUGGACAGUCCUGUGGAUCAAGAGCCACAAAUUGCAUUGUCCAAGCAGUCAAACUCAUCACUUUGAGAUGAAAGGAGAAGUCCCUCUCCUGCAGUCACUGGGAUAGUGUGUGUUGACCGUGGAGAGCCAGACGGGCGAGGAGGCUGGGUUUAUAGGUGGUAGAGAACACACACAUACUUGGAAAUACUGUAUACACUCAAAAUGCACAACUGUCAGUUUGCUUUAUUGUUUGAAGCAAUAUUUUUGCCCGAAAUACUUUGCUGAGAAUCACACGAACACUACCAUCUCCCCGACUGUGCCCCAUUUCCAGCCGUUUGUUGUGUCUGAAAGUGAGCCCCUUGACAUUUGCGUCAUAAACACGGGUGCUUACUUUUGCGUUACAAAAUGGAAGUUUAGAAGACUUUCCCAAAUGAUACUAUGGAAGUCCAGUCUAGCAAGACCCACUGAAGUACAUUCAGUUUAGACAUAAAACUAUGCAGCGGGAGCACUGUGCCAGUGCUGGGCACUGGCCAGCUUGGUGUUCACCGUCAGUACCGUCCAUCUGAUGUCCCAGCAUGAUGCUGCCACUGCACCUGAGGACAGAAUUGGGAUUGGGCUUCCAGAUGACAUCUCAGAUUUGUUUGUCCCCAUCUCUUGUACUCCUGUGCCAGGUACUUUCAAUGGACCACAAAUAUUCUGGAUGUAGUUUCCACCCAUGAGCCCGGUUUUAGGAUUGUGUUCUCUUUAAGCUGAGGAGCCCAGACACAAGCACAGUAUCUUGAGUUCUUAUUGCUUCCAGUUGCGGAUAAAUGCCUAACCUAUAUUUUUUCAGUCCAACUUGAAAUGGGAUAGUUUUAUAUGUGUUGCUUUU